AUGGCUGCCACCGUUAAUGGCACCCCGCUGGUCGAGGGCUCGCCGCUGGCCGUGGCAUCUAUCGCCACGGUGCUUCUGAAUGCCUCGGAGGCGGCCCUCGCCCGGCGGGACGCCGUGUCGGCCGAGUGGGCCGCCGAAAUGGCCGCCUGGCUGGCGGACUCGCCUCUGGCCUCCGGCCAGAGCGCCAUCCCCGGGCCGCCUCGCAGCGCCGCCACCCCCCCGGGCAUGGUCCCCUGGCUGGUGGCCGGGCUCCACCACCCGGACGAGUACCACCCCGGCGGCGGCGGCGCCGCGAUCGAUCCCGCCCGGCUGACCCGGAUCCAGACGCUGCUGGCGGCGUCCGACCCGCUGGGCGCCCUGCGCCUGGUGGAUGCCCUUGUGCUGGGCUGGAGCGCGGCCGGCCGCCGGCCGGCCCUCGGCCCCCCGGCCGACCUGGCCACGCCGCGCCUGAUGCAGGACGCCCUGGACCCGGAGGACCCGGAGGGCGAUGCCCGGCCGGCCGGCCCGCUGGACCCCCUGCAAUUCCGCCUGGCCGUCCUGCGCCUGGCCGUGGCCCUGGAGCUGUAUGAGUCCCUGCGCGGCACCCCGGGCGAGCUGAUCCUCGAGCAGAUGUGCCCCCCGGCCGGCAGCCUGCCCGAGCCCGGCCCCGGGCCCUGGCGGCGCUUCCACGCCCGUUGCCCUGCCUGGCUGGCGUGCAUCGGCCGGCUGGCCACCGGCCUCCGCCGGACGCCGGUGGCCCCGGGCCCGGGGCCCGGCCCCGGAGCCCGGCCCGCCGACAUGGCAGCCCUGCUGGCCCUGCGUAGCCGGCUCCUCAUGCACAUGGCCGCCGCCGCCGCCGCCGCCGCCGCCGCCGCUGGGUCCGACGGCCCGGGCCCGGACCCGGACCCGGACCACCACCAGGCCCCCGUCGAGGGCAUGUCCCGGCAGGCCCUCGAUGACCAAACCCGGCGCGAGGUGGUUUCCCUGGCCUGCCGGUCCAUCCGCGCCUACCCCUUCUUCUGGUCUGUCUGGCUGCACCUGGUCGACCGUCUGGUCGACUCGCCCAAUUCCGCCGAGGCGGAAUUGGUCUUUCUGUCGCUCCACCGGGACUUCCGCCGCGAUGUGCAGGGCGCCCAUGCCACCGGCCGGUCCGCCGGGUCCGCCGGGUCCGGCGACGCCGGCGACGCCGACUCGGCCAUGGCCUGCGGCGAGGCGCCGGCCAUGUCGGCCUCGGCCGUCGGCCUGGCCUGCGCUCUGGUGGCCCUCUGCGCGCGGGCCCUCUUUUACCAGCGCACGUACCAGCCCCUGCGGGCCCUGGCCGUGCACUCGCACUUCGACCACCUCCUACACUUGUACACCUCCGGCGACCGGGGCGCCCCGGACCUCGGCCUCGCCAGCCCGGACAUGUGCCUGGUCCUGGCCCAGGUGGCCCUCCGGUCGCCCUUCCUCGAUGGCCAGCGUCUCCGGUGUCUGACCGCCGUCGGCGAGCUCGAGCAGGCGCUCGUCGGCUUCCGACACCAUGUCUCGCGGGACCCCUUCCGCCUGCAUGAUCUGGACGCCUACGGGGAUGCGCUGUUCAUGCAGCGCGAUGUGCCGGAGCUGGCGCGCGCGGCGGCCGCCGCGCGGGACCUCGACCGCCGUGCCCCCAGACCCACGCCCUGGUGGGCAAUCUCCACUCCCUGCGGGGCAAUCAUGCGGCCGCCUUCUUCGCCUUCCAGCGGUGCCUCUCCUCGGCGGCCGGGGCCCGGCCCGUGCACACUCCCAUCUCCCCUCGGUCGCCGCUCCCCUAUGUCCAGGGCGACUGGAGCGGCGCCUGGGCCCUGCUCGGGCAUGAGUGCAUCGAGAUGCACCGCAUCAAUGAUGCCAUUCGUGCUUUCCGCCGCGCCGUCGAGAUCAAUCCCCGCGACCACCGCGGGUGGUAUGGCCUCGGCGAGGUGCAUGAGAUGCUCCGUCUGCACUCGUAUGCCUUGCCAUAUUACGAGAAGGCCGUCUUCUACAAAGGUCGCGAUCCGCGGCUCUGGGAGGCUCUGGCCCGGUGCUACGACCGGCUGGGGCUCGAUCGCGAAGCGCGCACAAGCCGCGAGAACUCCGAGCGUUCGAUGUCGACCGACGCCGGGGAGAUGGAGCUUCCGGAUUUCGUGUGACCCCAUCACAUGAUCAAACAGGAACGCGCCCGCCGGUCGUCCGUCCACCCCGUCCCAUGACUUGCGCCCCGGCGUCCGGCCCGCCCCUGCCCCUGGUUAGCUUCACGCGCGCCAGGCGAAGGGGGGAUACCGACCGCAGGGGCUGCGGGGCCGAAGAAGAAUAAAGAAUAAGCCAUA